UUGAGAACCACUAUCGCCGGAUGAGAUGCGCGCGCAGGGGAUCCGCCAUUUUCCUUUCUUUCGUUUGUCUCCUCGUGCUGAGAGAUAAUCUCCAACUGAAAUCAACAUGGGUAAGGGGAAUAAUAUGAUACCCAAUGGCCACUUCCACAAGGAUUGGCAGAAGAAUGUACGAACCUGGUUUAACCAGCCAGCUCGUAAAAUCAGGAGAAAGGCGAAUCGGGUGCAAAAGGCACGUGGUCUAGCCCCUAGACCAGUUGACGCUCUUCGCCCUGUCGUUCGUUGCCCGACAGUUCGCUACCAUACUAAAGUACGUGCUGGGCGAGGAUUUACACUUGCAGAGGUGAAAGCUGCUGGUUUGAAUAAAAACUUCGCCAAGAGCAUUGGCAUCUCCGUGGACCACCGAAGGAGAAAUAAAUCAGUGGAAUCGCUUCAGACGAACGUCCAGCGGUUGAAGGAGUACAGAGCCAACCUGAUCCUCUUCCCCAAGAACGAGAAGAAGCCCAACAAGGGAGACUCCAGCCCAGAGGAAUGCAAGAUUGCAACUCAGGUGAAGGGUACACCAAUGCCCAUCCUUUCCUCCGGUGUUCUCAAGGCCAAAGCUCGACCCAUUACGGAGGAAGAGCAGAGGUUCCAAGCGUACAUCACCCUUCGAAAGGCAAGGGCUGAUGCCAGGUUGGUUGGCAUUCGGGCUAAACGCGUCAAGGAUGCCGCAGAAAAUCCGGACGAUGUCACCAAGGCACCGGGUGGAAAAUCCAAAAAGUAAACAUCCCGUUUUUUACGAUUAUUAUACAAAAAUUAAAAUAAGGAUACAUUUUGUGAAAUAAUGAUGAGAAUAAAAAUCGGGUUCUGUUUACAACGAA